UUUCCUUUCAUGCAUGGGCAAGGGAACAUAGUAAUCCUGUGUAAUAAACUCUUCUCUUGCUGCUGCUGCUGGAGCCUCAACAACGGACUAAUGACCCCUCUAAUGUCUCUUCACCCUCCUGACAGAGCUGAAUACCCUGGGCCACCGUCUUUGCUGACAGCCUUUCAGCUGGGCUGACUUGUGCCUGUGCCACCUGUGAGCUGCUAAAGGGCUUCACUUUUGCAUCCAGCAGGGUAGAGCUCCACAGACUGUGCGGCAUUUGUUUUGGACAACACCCAGUGAGACAGAAAUGUUGAGCUUCUCCAGGGGUGCUGAUGGGACUAAUCAGUGUUAGCUGAGCCGUUUCACUGAAUGAAUCCAAGCGACUCUGGUGCUUUCUGCAAUGAGCAGUGGACCCUGCGAGAGCGGCUGGAGCCUGCUUUGAUGCAUGCAGUCCCAUCCUGAAACACGAUGUCAGAAGAAGCCAGCUCAGAGCAGAAGCCUUCUACAACAACAGUCAGCUCAGUUGCCGUGCAGGCUGGGGAUGCCAGUAUUGUUAUAGCUGUGCUUAAGUGUGGAAAAUGGGUGAAGCUUCAGCUAGCUGAGUCAACACCAAAUAUAUUGGAAAUUGGCAGCAAUCAAGAUGAGACUAAAAAACUACUUCAAGAUCAUGAAUUCCUCCUAUCCAAGCUGAAGGCUCUGGAAGACAAGGUAUGGGACCUGCUGCAGGAAGCAGACAAGGUUGCAGAGGAGAACAAAGAAAAGAGUCAGGUUUAUGAUGCCAUGGCAGAGACCCUUGGGGAUGCGUGGGAUGCACUCAUAAUUAUGUUGGAGAAACGACAAGCACUUCUGGAACUUACUUCAGUGUUCUUUGAAAACGCUCUGGAGUUUGCUGUUAAAAUUGACCAAGUUGAAGAUUUCCUGAAAAAUACUCAAGAGUUUGACAAUAUUGACUCUUUGAGAGAACUUCUUCUGCAACAAGAGCAUCAUACAAAAGAACUUCUGGAGAAGUCAUUUGCUCUUUUAAACAAAAGCCAUGACCUAACUCAAUUCAUAGAAGAAUUCAAAUGUGAGGGGCCAAAUGCAAAUCCAGAGCUGAUUCAAGGAGCCCACAGCAGCUGCUUGAAGAUUGACAAUCUCCUUGAGAUGCUGCAAGACAGGAGGCGGCAGCUGGACAAAUUCCUCAGACAUCAGCGCCAAGGACUGGAGCAGGUUCUGCAAAUUUGUUUGUGGCACCAGCAGGAGACCCAGGUAACAUCUUGGUAUAAGAAAAAUAUCAGAGAUUACUUUCAGAAGCAAAACUUAGGCUCAUCACUAUUGGAAAAUGAAGAGUUACUUCAGGAACUUGAAGAAAUGGAAGUCAAAGUGAAAGAAUGGAAUUACACUGUGGAACAACUGGAAGGUGAAGCAUUUAGGAUCUUGCUUUCAGAGGACUAUACAGAAAAAGAACAUCUAAAACUUUCAAAUCAGAAAAUCUGUCUGUUACAAGAGGAAGUGUGCCUCCAUAUGGAAGAAAGGAAAGCCCUUCUGCAAGAGGCCAAUGACUUUUUUCAGGCUGCUGGCAAGGUACUUGAUGGUCUGGAAAGCAUUGAGAAUUGCCGUAAAAUCUCUAUUUCAGAAGGCUUACAUUUACCUAUAUUGACACUGAAGUACAAGGAAUUGCAGGAAGCAAUUAAAGGUUUUACAGCAACCACCAUGCAGAAGGGACAAACUUUAGUUAACAAAGCAGAUUCCCACAGCUCUUGGGUUGCAGGAAUUCAGAAAAUGAUGGAAUAUGUUCAAAAAAAAGUAGAUCAAUUAAACAGCCAGUGUCCAGAUUAUGAAGAAUUUACUUUGAAGAAACAACAAUGGAUUGCCUCACUUGAAGAUCAUCUGAGUAAGGUGUCGCAGUCAAUUAAAAAGCUUGCCCCGAUGCUCGCAGUUGGAAUGGAGAUUGGCUCGUAUUUGUGUGACUCAGAAAGAGUUUUGAACAAGCACCUUGAACUGGCCAAACAAACAAAGGAAACUUCAUGUGAACUGAAAGCAGCUGAGGGAAUCAUCAAAAACAUGGAAGAGUUGGAACCUGAGCAGGUGGCAGCUUUUUCUAGCAGAGCUGACUUUCUGGAUAAAGAGCUGAAAAAAAUUGAAAAAAAUAUUAGUUCAAAGCUAGAAAUUCUAGAAACUUAUGUGGCCUUUUUACAGUCAGCUGUAGAGGUGAAUGAUGAUAUUAAAAAUCUGAAGGAAUUCUAUAAUUCAAAACCCCUACCAACAAACAGAGAGACUGAAAAUAAAAUUGCAAUAGAGUCAGCUAAUACUCAGUGGCAAAAUACUAUAAAGAAGACUUUUUCCACCGAAAAUAUGGGUUGCUGUUUUCUUAAUUUAGUAAAUGUGGUAAAUGAGAGGUUAAUAUUAGAAGUAGAAAAAUCAAUAAAAGUAACAGAAGAUAUCAUUAUUAACCUGAACAAAGAAAGGAAAGAGCUGACUGAUCUUUGGGCAAUCUGGAAUUUUAAAAUUACUCAAGUAAAACCCAUCAAGCAACAGUGCCAGAUAUUUAAAGAACAAUUGAAAAUCACUACCCGUGGAUUAGAAAUUCUUCAAGAGGCCCUCCAGCUUGCAGUACCAGUUGAUCUUGGAAGUGACCUUUUAAUUGUUUUGGAACUACAGAAAAAGCUGAAUCAAAUGAAGCCACACUAUGAGCAACUGAAUGCUGAGCUUGAGUACCUGAUCAAAUUGUUGGAAUUACCAAGCCAGAAAGGAUUUCCUGUGAAAGAGAAUUCUGAGAGAAUAAGUGAGCUUAUUCAUUUCCAUCAAACUGUAAAGGAUGCAAUGAUAGAAUAUGAUGAGAUUUUCAGCAAGACAGUCAGAUUCCAUCACAUUAAAAAAGAACUGGAAUGUCUAUCAAGAUUAGGAGAACUGGAUAUUCCUGAAAUAUAUGGGGACCCUGAAAAUGUGCACCAGGCUAAAGCCUACCUUGUGAAUUCUCAGGAGAAACAUGCACAUAUUAGACAGCUAUAUACUCUACUUAUUACCCAGGGAGUGGAUAUCUUGUCUGCAGUGCAGCAACCUAAUUGCUUGAAUGUUUCUGUAAAGAAUCUGAAGCAAGAACUUGCUAGAUUUGAGUGUGAUAGCAUAAACUGGAGCUCCAGAGCUGAAAAGUAUGAGGAAGAGCUGUCACAGUAUUUCCAACACUGCACCACUCAAGAGGAUAUAAAUGAGCUCAGAGAAUCAUUCAAGGAUCUCAAAAAGAAAUUCAACAAUUUGAAGUUUAACUAUACGAAGAAAACUGAAAAAGCUCGAAAUAUGAAAGUACUUAAAGUACAGAUUCAGCAAGUUGAUACAUAUGCAGAGAAGCUACAGAUUCUUAAAAAGAAGAUGGAUAAUUUAGAGAAGAAAGUCAUUGACCCUUUUGCAAAUGAACCUAAGGCUAAAGUUCAAGUUCUCUUGGGCUCAAUCAGUGACUUACAGAAACAGCUGAAUGAUUUUAACACGGUUGUGGAAGAUUACAAGCAAAAUCUGGACCUCAUGGAGCAUCUGCAGCAGAUGAUGAAAGAGUGUCAAUUUUGGUUUGACGAUGUGAGCGCAACAGUGAUUAGAGUUGGCAACUACUCUGCAGAAUGCAAAACAAGAGAAGCAAUAGAGACUCUCUACAAGCAAUUCAAUAAGUUUAUUGAACCUGCAGUGCCUCAACAAGAAGAAAAACUUCAGCAGAUUAUGGACCUUGCUAGACAGUUAUAUGGUAUUGAAGAAGGAAAGAAGUAUGUAGAAAAAACUGUAUUAAAGUAUGAAGAAAUCAUGAAUUCUGUUGAUGGGUUGUGCAGAUCUCUGAGAGAGCUUAAGGAGAUAAAGAAAGUUGACUUUUCUGAAGAGUUGAUUACUGUUAAAAAAGAAGAAAGAAAUGGCCAAGAAGCAUGUGAGACUGUUAAAGAAGUGGAGCUAAAGCAGCAAAUGGCAGCAGGUGAAUUGCUUGCAAAUUCAGAAAGCACCUGUGAGAAGAGAAGCAAUACUCUAUCUCCUACAGGCACUAAACAAUUGGAGGAGAGGAAUAUAUUGGCUGAUAUUUCAGUUAUCUGUCCAGCUGGUGAGGAUCUUGUUUCACAGGAUACAGAGCUGUCAUCCUCAGCCAAAGAGGAUACUUUACAGACCGAAUUCCUGGCAGAAGAAACACCCUCUGGAGAUGAAUAUGAGUGUAUAUCACCUGAUGAUAUAUCUUUGCCACCGCUUUCUGAGACACCAGAAUCCAACCUCUUACAUUCUGAAACAGAGCUAGAAGAGCAGCUCUGCUGUAGUUCUCAUAGUCUGCAUGUCAGUUCCUAUAGCUUGCAAAUGCAGAAAACCACUAGAACAGUAAAACUGAUGGAAGCACCUGACCUCUUAACAAAUUCUGCUUUUGCUGAUGCUACAAAUAAUAGAAUGGAAAGCCCAUCAGAUCACUUUCAAAAGUUUUGUAUCUCUUUAACAGAUUCUGAUCCAAAAGUCAGAGCAGUAUCUCCUUUGACUUGUAGCUCACAAGGAAUAUCUGAAACUAGCACUGCUUCCUGCCUUAUAAAAGCCAAACCAGUAGAUAGCAUGAUGAGUGAAACAUGCAAAACACAUUUACAACACCUUGAACUUCAUAAAAGCAUGACAGAAAUGCAAGAAAAAUUGCAUGCCUUGAAUAACUGUACUAAACCCCAGGAGAGGCUGCAUGCUUUGCCUGAUGCAUUCUCAGGUUUCGUGUUUCAAUCAGACGCCAGCAGAAGCUGUCAGAGGCAGAUGGUGACCCGAGAAGAGAUUAAAAGUUCUUCAGAAAAGAACAGCAUGGCCAGCCUAGCUGGACAGGCGCCUAACUUCUCCCAGCUUCUGUCUAACAAAACCGUCACGGAAGGUUCUCCGGUAACUUUGGAAGUAGAAGUAACGGGAUUCCCAGAGCCUACACUGACAUGGUACAAGAAGGGCCAGAAACUGACUGCAGAUGAGCACUUAAAGCUUUUACAAAAGGAGACAAAGCAUACUUUGUUCAUUCAGAAGGUGUGUGAUAAAGAUGCUGGCCUCUAUGUUGCUCGGGCUAAAAAUUUGAACGGCACUAUCUCCUCAAGUGCCAUUCUUCAGGUGCAAGGUAACAGGCCACCUAUUGCAAGAAUAGACUGGAUAAUGCUGUGUGUCAUCUAUAUUAGUGUUUCACUAAUGUACUGGCUAUUCACAAAAUAAGUACAAUAUUGACUGCACCGGACUUAAUUAGCACAUGUUAAAUUUAUUUUCUUACACUGCUUUUUCACAAUAUAUACCAAACCACUUUUUAUGGCAAAAUGGACAUAUUGCUUGUUUCUUUAUUGCCAGUAUUCUGUGUUUAUUCUACUUUCUCAUGGUGAUGUUGAGAAAAAAACUUUACGAAGAUUUUUCUAGAGUCUGAGGUUGAGUUUUGCUUUCUAAAAUGUAGGCAUUCCAAAGCAUUGGAAACAGUUUUAAUGGUUGUAGGUUUUAAAUGUCAGUGUAGAGCCAGGUAGAGUGCUCAGAUUGCUGUAUAUUUUGGGAUAUGUCUUCUCUUGGGAUGGGGUGUGAAAGGUGUUGGAAUUUUUUGAAACAUAGAAUGUAUUUUUUCCACCGAUGUGUUUGCUUGUAUGCUUACAAAAAAUAUUUUUAGGACAAAGCUUUUCAGUAAAGGUAUCAUACCAUUCAUGAUUGAACUAACAGAUCAGAUUUAGGUCUGGCUCAGCCCAGCAUACAAUUUCCACAAAGGAAAGCUGCAGUAGUUCCAACAGUUUGGAUUGUGCUACAGAACUGACCCAGAAUCAUCAGGAUUUAUGUAAGUGGCAUCUAGCACAUAACAGAACAAAUGUUUACAGAAUGAAACAUUCCAACAUUCCACUCUGCUUAAAUAGAUGUCUGUGAUACUUACUCUGCCUUCUUACAAAUUUAAAGAUAGAAACAUUUCUAAUAAUCCUCUAAAUUGUUCAUAUAAGACAAGAAAGUUAAUAAUUUAUCAAGUGAGCAUUUGCACUCAUUUAAAAUUUUUAACACACUGAUUUCAAACAGAAUCAACCAAGUUGGCGAAAUAUCCAAAAGUGUAUUCAAAUUUAAAAAAUAAACAUAAAAAAGAAAAUUCAGUCAAACAGAAUUAUUCUUUAACUUCAAAACAGUAAAUCCAAACAAAUACUUUGUUCACCUACAGUUUGUAUUUCCUUCUUGUCAAGGACAACCACAAAUAUAUUUUUUAAUUAAAGUUCUAAUUUUUUUACUAUUACAUAACAAUGGUGUAACAAUGCCAGUGGAAGAUUCAAUUUAUAAAUCCUCAAAUAUAUCUUCAUUCUUUAGCCUCAGUAUUUGUUGUACUUAGAGAGUAAAAAGAGUUGACAAACAGCUACAUUAUUUUUCCUGCAACUUUUGAUUACCAGCUUUCAUGUUACAAUUGCAUUGCUGUGGAAAAUGUUUAAAGAGGAAAUAUUUACCUUCUCUUGCAUAAUUUGCUGGAAUGAAGUAAACCUUUUACUGUGUAGUAUGCUAUGAAAAGAACAUAUAUUGUAAUUGCUGAGGGUCAGACAUUUUGGCCUAGUGACUGCAACAUUAAAAAAUUCCUGUGACUUUGAAAAAGGAGAAGUUCUCAUGAUAUAACCUCACAUCAAAGAGAGGGAACAGGAGGAGGAAGUGGUGAACAGAUGGGGAAACACAGUAAGUUCUAAUAAACUUGGUAUUACCCUUAAUGAACCACUUUCUAACUUCAGUCACCUUCCAAAAAAUAUAGAUUCACAAGAAUUUUCUCAGGUAUAAAUUUCACCUGUUUUCCUGCAGUGUAUUUUCCAUUUCACAAUAAAGAUAAUUUAGAUCUUAAUAAAUAAUUGUAAAGUAUA